AGAUGAAGCGUUCGUUCCUUUUGCUGCUUCUCCUGUUCUUGGCCGUGGAAGGCCAGCGGAUCGCACUGAGGAGAAAGCCUCCGAAAAAGCGGCCGACUCCUCGCCCAAAAUCUGUCACAAUUCCUACGGAUGAUAUCCAUGGGAACCUACCUCCAGGUUUGACAGAACAAACUGUAAGUCGGGAAGGUUGUUCUCCUCCGGAAGUAAUCGUAAAUGGUAGUGUUGUGGCGGAAAAUAAUAACGACUUUUCCACCGUCCAGGAGGUCCAGUUCGUCGGACUGGUUGGUAGACGUGACCAGAAAAGAGUUUGCAAGAUCAAGUGCCUGAAUGGAGUUUGGGUCGGACCUUAUUGCACUGAAGAUGGAAAAACCCUGAAACAAAUAAUGCGCCGCUGUACUAUCCGGUUGACUGACGCUGAGCUUAUCGGAGUUACAGAUGACGGCCGGACGUUAAUGCCUGACGUAGAAAUAUCUCUUCCCCAUGACUCGGAGAUUCAUCUACGCUGCGUGGAGCCAGGUCUGUACAAAUUUAUCGGCAAUGACACUCUUUUCUGCGAUGAUGGAACGUGGACAGACGACUUACCAUACUGCGUCGCCACUACCAUGCAUCGUAAUUUCUCAAUGCAAGCUCCUCCUACAAUUCUUUAUCAUGUUGUAUCUGGAGACGCAGGGCUGACAGAAAACGGUUCCAUUGUAGUUUUUCCUGGUACUAUCAUCAACAUUGAUUGCAUCUUCCAGAGACAGUAUGGAACUCCACAGUGGUCCUGGACACCUACGCACAGACAAUAUCCGAGUUCUUGGGCUAUUACUGCUGAGGAAAAGAACUGGAAGUUCCGCUUAUCUAUUUAUUAUGCUAAAGACCAUGAUUCUGGAACUUACACAUGCACUACUCCUCAUGAAAUUAGUAAUGAAGUUAACAUAGUGGUCAAAGAUGUGCACUGUCCAGCGAUACGUUCUGUGGAUCACAAUAGAGUGAUGGCAGUAGAAGGCAACAGAAUGCACAGCAAAGCACGAUUUGCAUGUAUGGAAGGAUAUGAACUUGUUGGUCCAGAAGAAAUAACUUGUCAAGCAUCAGGACAAUGGUCAGAUGAUGCACCCCAUUGCGAAGUUCUCGAAUGCCCGCCUCUUGUGUCUGACAGCUCACACCUGAUUCUGACUACAAGAAACAGAACGUACGGCACAAGAGUUGAAUUCUCUUGUCAGACUGGUUUCAAGCUGUCAGGAGCACCAUACCUCAAUUGUCUCAAAACGGCUAACUGGUCUGAUGCUACACCAACCUGUAAUCCUAUUACAUGUAAACCUCCAAUAGUACCUCUUAAUGGUCGAGUUCUGGAUACGGGCAGAUACUUAGCAGGAGACUUUGUUCAAUACACGUGCAAUGCUGGCCAUGUGAUUGUUGGUGAGCCAGUCGCUAUUUGUACUGAUCAUGGUGUCUGGUCCCAAGCUCCCCCUACAUGUAAAGCUGCAUGUGAAUUUCCAGGCGAACCUUCUAACGGCCAAGUUAUACCAACAAAAUUCCACUACGACAUUGGAGAAUCUGUUUUAGUUGGAUGUCAUCCUGGAUAUCGCGUUCUAGGUUUCCAAAGGCUACGCUGUACGUCAUCAGGUCACUGGUCUAGCCCAUUGCCCCACUGCAGACCAUAUUUACAAACAUAAUUUCGGUCGUCUGGAAAAUGUCCCUAUUCUGUCUAAAAUAAUUUUAGACUAGUGCUAAAAGCAGUUUAUAAAUCGCAAAUAUUUUGCAGGAACUUCAGAAACGCAUUUACAAAACAUUCGCAGAAGGAAGAACUUAGAACAAACGGGGAUCCAAUUUUUUAAGAUUUUUUUAAUUUUCAAAUGAUAGUCCUAAUAUAGAAAUGUAUAUAACUGUACCAUAAAGCUAUAAAAAUAUGAAAAUACCA